AGUUCGAGCUGAUCCACCUACAUCUACAACUAUACAAACCACGAACGAAGCUUCCUCAUCGCAGAUCCAAUUGGAACCUCCGAUCAAUUGGCAUGUCUGCUGGUUAGUGUGGAGUGACAUCCACUGGCCACUGCUCCUCUGUGCCUUUGUAUGUUAAUUUCCUUCGCCGCCCCCUCGAUUGUCUCAAGAUCGGCUGGCUUCCGAAUUCGAAGCUGCGGCGCUACUUCUACCCAGCCGGUAGUGCGUGCAGUGGAGCCUAGAGUGUCAAGAGGAGAAGAUCAAUUAGUAUGGCUGCACGGCCGCUGGUGCUAUGGAACCACCGGUCAAUGCAGAUCCUGGUCCUCCUCAGCCUCGGGCUCCAGCUCGUCCUCUUCGUCUUCGCCGGGAUCCGCCGCCGUCAGACGCUCCCCGUGCGGAGGUUCCUCCUGUGGCUAGCGUACCUCAUGGCCGACUCCACCGCCGUGUACGCCGUCGGCCACCUGUCGUUCGGCGGCGCCCUGCGUGAGAAUCAGCUCGUCGCGUUCUGGGCGCCGUUCCUGCUGCUCCACCUCGGCGGCCCUGACAACAUCACCGCCUAUGCGCUCCAGGACAACCAGCUCUGGCUCCGCCACCUCACCGUCCUCGUCGUGCAGGUCCUCGGAGCGGGCUACGUCCUCUACAAGCACAUCGCCGUCCCCGGCGGCCAGGACAGGAAGCUGCUCCUGAUCGCCUCCAUUUUGAUGUUCGUCGUCGGCUUCGUCAAGUACGCGGAGAGGACGUGGGCGCUCAAGUGCAGCACCCUGGAGAGCAUCGGCGCCUCCGUCAAGACGCAGCCGCCCGCCAUCCACAACCAUGAGCACCCUCAGGACAAAGCCACGGACGAGGAGUUCCACCUGCGACGAGCCCACUCGCUGUUCCACAUCUGCAAGCGCGCCAUGGUCGACUCCUCAGUGAUCGAGGAGGACUCCAUGGACGGCAUAGAAGAAUACACCGGCAAGCUGAUACAAGGCGUCGAGCUGUGGACGCUGAUGGAGAUCGAGCUCUCCCUCAUGUACGACAUCCUGUACACCAAGGCCGCCGUGGUCCACACCUUCCGGGGCUACCUAAUCCGCCUCGUCUCGCCGCUCACCGUUGUCACCGCGCUGGUGCUGUUCCGGCUCACCCCCAAGGACGGCUACAUCAGAGCCGACGUGGUCAUCACCUACGUCCUGCUGGGUGGCGCCGUAUUCAUGGAGACGACGUCGCUCCUGAACGCGCUGGCGUCGUCUUGGACGUUCGCGUUCCUGAGCACCACCAAGUGGCACUGGCUUCGGUACACGGCCCUGUGCAACAAGAGAUGGGACAAGCUACGCCGCGCCGUCGUGUGGCUUCACGAUCUUGUCAAGGGAAGAGUUGCCGGUAACAGCAGGUACAAGUCAAGAAGGUGGUCAUACACCAUCGGGCAGUACAACUUGCUGCACUUCUGCACGCGCCCCGCCGACACGGCGUUCACCAGCCCUCUGCUCGGUAGGCUGGCCAGAGUGCUGGCACCUGACGAGUGGUGGAACAGGAAGCACUACUCGGCGACCGUGGAGAUGACCGAUCCGAUCAGGCGUCGUAUCUCUGUGUACAUGAGCCGGCUGUACAGCAAGGGGAAGUUCAACACUGGCAUGUUUAGGAAGAAGUGGGGUGGGUAUCCUCUGGAACGCCGCGGGCUUUACCACAAAGGUGUCCUCAAGGACUCCCUCGGCGUCGAGUUCCAGGAGGGCAUCAUCAUCUGGCACAUCGCCACCGAGGUCUUCCUCACCAAGAGCGAGAGAGCCAAGGCCGGGGACGCCGCGGCUGACGUGCACGCCAUCAGGGUGAUGUCCGACUACAUGAUGUUCCUCCUGGUGGAACGUCCCUACAUGCUGCCGGGCCAGCCCCAGAAAAGGUUGUACCAGCGGACCUGCGAGCGGCUGGUCACCAGGCGAUCGGCUGAUCCUAGGUACCCAAGCCGUGCACGCGUCGUCAAGGAUCUGUUCCGUGUGUUUGAUGCCCCACACUCCAGCAUUUCUAGGGUCGCCGAGAGGGAGGAGCUCGCCAACAACCUGUACGAUGAAUACGAGGACCAGGAGUUCACCCACUUUGCUCCUCGUCUCACGCACAUGGCUCAACUCGCCAAGGAGCUGCUGGGGAAGGAGAAGGAUGGCACGCUAGACUCCUUGCAGCUUGUCCAUGAGGUGUGGAUGGACAUUCUCGUCUACGCCAGCAACAAGUGCAGCAGGGAGUCCCAUGCCCAGAAGCUCAACAGUGGUGGCGAGCUGACGACCAUCUUGUGGCUUAUGGCAGAAUACAUCUACCAAGCAUCGGUUGCCCAAAGAGAUGAUGUAGUAUAAUUCACUAAUGUCAUGCAUGUAAGCAUGUUACCAUCAUGUGUAAGAAACCUAGAUGUAGCUUGCUCGCGUCGUCCUCAGUGGUGGCAAAGACUGAUCCUCUCAGACGGGGAGGUGACGGCCCUCAUCGUCGCGGCUCAGGCUGGACGGUGACGGUGGCAGCCCUAAUCUUUCACAAAGUGACGGCCUUGGCACAAAUCGAUUUGGUGACGGAUCU